AUGGAAAUUCCUAGCAACAUUAACACCAGCAGCUUCUACUUUAUACUGACGGAUCUCCAGGGCCUGGAAGGUGCUCAUUACUGGACAGCUAUUCCUAUCUGUUCUAUCUAUGUUCUCUCCAUGCUGGGCAACGUCACCAUCAUGUACGUUGUCAAGACUGGGCCUAGCCUCCACACACCCAUGUACCUCUUCCUCUCCAUGCUCUCAAUGGCUGACCUGGGACUCUCAGCUUCCACAUUGCCUUCCAUGGCAGCUGUCUUUCUCCUAGCCCAAAGGAAGAUAGAAGCCUCAACCUGCUUUGUGCAACUCUUCUUCAUUCACACUUUCUCAGUCAUUGAGUCAGCUGUGCUAUUGGCCAUGGCUUUUGACUGCUGUGUGGUUGUCCUGGAGCCAUUACGUUAUGCCACUAUUCUCACAACCAAGUGCAUUGGGACCAUUGGGCUCGCCAUUGUGGCCCGUAGUGUUGCCCUUCAUCUGCCAUUACCUGUGCUUCUGGGAAGACUGCAAUUCCAGCCUGUGAGUGCUCUGUCUCAUUCCUACUGUGUUCACCCUGAUGUUCUGAGACUGGCCAGUUCCAGCACUCAUGUGAACAGUGGCUUUGGGCUCUUUGUCAUGCUCUCCACCCUGGGGCUGGAUGCUACUCUCAUACUCCUCUCCUAUGUGCUGAUCCUGAAGACAGUAUUGAAUAUUGCUUCCAAUACUAAGUGCCUGAAGGCCUUCAACACCUGCAUUUCCCACAUCUGUGCUUUAUUGCUAUUCUAUACACCACUAGUCAGCCUGUCUAUGAUCCAUCGCUUUAGAAAGAAGCUACCGGCUCAUGUGUACAUGCUUCUCUCCUAUCUGCACUUUCUUUUGCCUCCAAUGCUCAACCCAAUUGUCUACAGUGUCAAAACCAAAGAGAUUCGAGUACACAUCCUGAAAAUGCUUCACCCCAAAAAGCUCUGA